AUGGAGGACAAAAUAAUACAGACACAUAUUACUAUAUUACUAUAUUUGAUGCUGAUAGUUUAUUUGAAAAGUUUUACAAUAAACUUAGGGGAUAUGCCUAAAAAGUUAUUUACAUAUAUAAAAGUAUAUUAUGCAUUUUUGAUUGUAAUUACAGUUGUCGCAUUUUUCCGAAGACUAUUUUUGCUAACAAGUUUAUAUAUUACAGAUACUGUCAAUAAAUUACUUAAUUAUGUAUUACUAAAAGAUAAUAAAAAUGAAGUAAAUUAUGUUAAAAGUUAUACUAGCAAAAGUAGCAGUGUUCAUGAUUUAUUUUUUCAAAAUAAUUUAGAAUCCGAAAUUCUUAAUAAGUAUUUAAAUGAAAGUAAAAUUGAUUUUUAUAAAUAUUUUUUAUUAUAUGACGAUUUAAUAGGUAAUGACAAAAAUGCCAACUUUUGUUUAACUAACAAAAAUGAAGUUGAACAAAAUGAAAUAAAUUAUAAUCAAACUCAAAACAAUAAUUUUACCCCUAUGGAAUAUAAAGACCCAAAUCAAAAAAUUGAUAAUAAUUUUAUAAAUAAUGAUACAUAUCUAUAUACUGACGAAAUAAAUGAAACAUCUUUUUCAAAUUCAGACGCAUUUUAUGAUGUAACAAGUAGUCAAACAGAUCGAUAUACAUACUCAUUCAAUCCUAUUAAUACAAAAUAUACUCGAAAAAUAUAUAGCUUUUUUUUUCGAAAAAAUAAUACUUUAACAAAAAAAACAUCUAAUAAGGGAAAGGAAAGGGAAGCACAAGAACCGGAUGACGGCACCACAAGUUUAGAAGAAAAUGAGCGCGACAAUAAGAAUGAAGAGGAUAGUGAAAAGAAUAGAGAAUGUAGUGAAAAAAAUAAUGAGAAAAAUUUCCAGAAAAAAAUUGGCAAAGGGAAAUCCAUUCAUAAUCGUAUAAAAUCCCUCAAACUUAAUGAAGACGCAUAUUUUCAAAAACAUUUAACAAAACUUAAGCAUUUAAAAUUUGUUACUUUUAUGUUAGACCUGUUAAGUAAUUAUAAAAAAUAUAUUAUGAUUGAUAAAAUAAUUAAGCAUUUAAGUAGGUGUGCAAGUAAUACUAAUCACAAGACUUUAAGUUCAUCAAUUAAGUUAAAUCAAAACAGUACAAAUUAUUUACAUAACCCUGCUCAUAAUAAUUUUAAUAAUAUAAACAAUGAAAAAGAAAAUGAUGAGUUAGCUAUCAAAAAUAUAAAUAAUUUGGAAAAAACACCUGAACAAGUUAAUAACAAUUGCAUGCGCAAAAAUAAUAAGUUAGAAAACUCUAAUUUAUUUCCUUCAAAUAUUUUUGGUAAUAUGUUUAAUUUAGAUAGUGAAAAAAAAUCACAAAAACCGUUUUUUCAAAAUGUAAAUUUACAAAAUGAUAAUAAUAAUAAUAGUAGUAGUAGUAAAGAUAAUACAAAUGUAAGCACAGGAGAUGAAACAAAAAAAACUCCAGUAAUAUUAAAAUCUAUAUUAAAAAAAAGAAAUCCAUCUGAUUUAAAAAAUGAAAAUAAUUCAAAAAAUAAAAAUCAAAGACAUAUACGAUUUAAUCCAAAAGUUCAAACAUUAUUAUUUGAAAAAUAUUCAGAUGAUGAUGAAUAUAUAUAUAAUAUGAAUAAUGGAAAAAAAGGAUUAUAUAAAAUUUUUGAUGAUUAUAAUAUUAAAAAUUCAGAUAUAUUUAGUUAUUAUAAUAUGCGUAAUAAUUUAAAUUCAAUAUUUACUGAUAUAAUUAAUUCAGUAUGUGUUUAUAAGGAUAACAUGUCAAGAAAAUUUUAA